AUGGGGAAAGCAAAGAAAGACCGCCUCCCAAACCCCACACGAGGGCUCCGACGCCGCGGCCCCUCCCCCGCCCCCCGCCGCCGCCUCCGCCGCCGGUUCCAGUGCGGCACCUGCAGGAAGGUGUUCCGCUCCUACCGCCUCGGCGGCCACCGCGCGAGCCACAAGAAGUCCCUACGGCAUGGUCUUCCCCCACCCCCGCCGCCGCCGCCGCCGCCGCCAAUUCACGACGCCCCCAAGCUCCCCAUCAAGCUCCACCAGUGCCCCUUCUGCUCCCGCGUCUUCGGCUCCGGCCAAGCCCUCGGCGGCCACAAGCGCUCUCACUUCUCCUCCUCCUCCCCCGCCGCCAACGCCGCUGCCGCUGCGGUCGCUCCCCCACCCACUGCCACUGCCAAUGCCAAUUACGCCGCCUGCUUCGAUCUCAACCUCCCCGCCCCCUUCGACGACGAAUUCGAGCUCUCCGCCAUCUCCGACGCCGAGUUCGUCGCCAACCACCGCCACCGCCACCACCACCAUCCUCCCAAUUGAUCCCAAGUAAGCCAAUUCCGAAUUCCGGUUCAAGCACAACUGUUUAAUGAAUGUUCUUUUCUUUUUUAAUCUCCCCCCGAGAUAAUUAUUAAAACAGAGAGAGAGAUUAAAAAUCCAAUCCAAUCCAAUCCAAUCCAAUCCAAUCUUUUUCCAUGUUAAUUUGCUUACCUAUUAAUCUCUUCUGCUGUAUCUGUCCAUAUUAAUCCUCUCCUAUUUAGUUCAUCUACUAUUCUUGAGCCAUAUUUUUAGCUUAAUCAAUUUCGAAUUUAAUUAUCA